UGAUAGCAUAGAACAUAGAAUGUUUCCCAUUUUAGCCUUUACAAUUAUGCGUUAUGCCCUUGUGUAAUAUUCAUCUGAGAAACAUUAUAAAAAUAAGGGGAUGACUUAGCUGGUUGAUUGAAAUGUACCAUACGAAGAACGGAAAAUCAUAUAAGCUCAAAGGGAAGAGAUUAAGCAGAGUACAGCAUUUUGUCAUGUACAGAAAAGUGGAAUAUGGCAGAUGAAUGAUGCAGCAUAUCAAGGUGUUAGUGUGUUGCGUGUUGCUGAAAUCGUGGGCCUGACUCAUGCCUAUGGCAAUUCACGUGGCAUUGAUGUGUCUAAACGUUCAUGCCAAGCGUUACCCAGGGGUCUCUCAGCAGAGACUCUAGGAUUCAAGGGUCUGCAUACUAGGACCUGACACAAAAUAUUAGACCUUUGGUCAAAGAACCUGGUUGUGCCUUACUCUGUCUCAUCUCCUACCCUCCCCACCCCAUCACCUCUGGAUUCAUAUCGUUUAAUUAAACAUUUUAAAUAAACCUCAUUAGACCUAUUGCACAAUAAACCUAACACCACUGAUCUAUAUUAUGAAAACUAUUUGUAAUGUGUUAUAUCGGAACCCGCACCGACUAUGGAAAUUCUUGAGUCAUCUUGUCUAAUAAAUCUAAAGAUAAAACCUCAUUAACACAGAGAUAGAGUGAUGGGCUUGGAUAUUUCUAUGUUAUUCAUAAUAACUUGGCUCAUUAACGUGAAGCUUCCAGAGUACUGCAGCAAUAACCGGACCGUGAGCUGGCGCUCACUGUUUUGCAGGGGAAAUUUCUGCAUUGGGAACUCCCUGUCGUCCGCGCUGCAGUUUUAACUUUCCACCAGUAAAAAUCGUCGAAUCUGCUGUUCGUGUUUUGGGGCAGGAGAGACGUGAUGAGGGCAAACUAAGCCGAGAGAGCGGAGAGUGCCGAGCUCUGUCUGUGCCGUAGCGCUGGUGGUGUUGAGUGGCUGUGGUAUGUGGCUGGGUCUGAAUGUAGCGGUGUAGGAGACUCCCCCGCUGCGGAGGGAAAGCUUGCGCUGCGCGGUCGGUCGCUACGUCUGAGCCACAGAGGGUGAACUUUGCCGAGCUUGACGCAGAACCAAACAUGCCACUCGCCUCGGGUUCCUUGUUGAUCCUCAUGUGCGUCGCCUGCUCGUCGGGGUUGUCCUUGUCGCCUGAGGAAGCUAACCAGUUUUUAAGAAGAAACAGAAGAGCGUACCAGGUUUUUGAAGAAACGAAACAAGGGCAUUUGGAGAGAGAAUGCGUAGAAGAGAUAUGCACCAAAGAGGAGGCAAGAGAAGUGUUUGAAAAUGACCCUGAAACGGAUUACUUCUAUCCCAAGUAUUUGGUCUGUGUGGAGAAGUUUGGAAGUGCAGGCAAGAAGAAGGAAGACCUGGUCACCUGUGUCCACAACAUUCCAGACCAGUGUUCACCCAAUCCGUGCCAUCACCUGGGGACGGUGCGCUGUGAGGACAAAAAGGGCGAAUUCCACUGCCACUGUUUCACAGGAUUUGCUGGCAACACAUGCGAGAACGAUGUAAAUGAGUGCAGUAAUAAAAAUGGAGGGUGUGAUCAUGAGUGCAGAAACACGAUGGGAAGUUACCACUGCUCAUGUCACGAUGGUUUUACACUGUCCGGUCACCACAGGUGCCUAGAUUUUGAUGAAUGUACAGAUAUUCCUGACAUAUGUGGUACAGCACAGUGCAGGAACACAGUCGGGAGCUACGAGUGCCUUUGUGACUUGGGCUACGUCUAUGACAACAAGACCAAAGCCUGCCUAGAUGUGGAUGAGUGUGAGUUAGGCGUGUGCAUGGAGGAGUGUGUUAACACGCCUGGGAGUUUCCACUGCUUCUGCGAUGGCCGGCAGGGCAAGAAGCUCGGGCAAAACUUGAGCAGCUGUGAGCCCAUAGAGACUUGUUUUCCACUUGACAUGAGGAGGAACUCUCGCUCCCUGUACCUGGGCCGCAUGUUCAGUGGGACACCUGUGGUCAAGCUGCGAUUCCGCCGCCGGGUUCACACUGGCUUCACGGCAGACUUUGACCUGAGGACGUACGACUCGGAAGGAGUCGUUUUCUUCGCGGGUGGUCACUUGAACAGCUCCUGGAUCGUGCUGGCCGUCCGCCAAGGAAAGCUGGAGCUGCAGCUGAAAUACGGAGCCGUGAGCCGCGUUACCAGCAGCGGACCACUGGUUAGUGACGGACAGUGGCAUAAGAUCUCAGUGGAGGAGCAGGCACGGAGCCUGGUGAUAAAGAUCGACAGGGAGGCGGUAAUGAAGAUUGCGGUAAAUGGAGAUCUGUUUACUCUGAAGAAAGGCAUGCAUGAGCUCAACCUAACCGUGGGUGGGGCCCCCUUCAGAGAGGACGGACUGGUUAAUAAGUUGAACCCACGUCUAGACAGCUGCAUGCGUGAUUGGCACUGGCUGAGUGGCGAGGACAUGUCCAUCCAGGAGACCAUCCGCUCCAACACACGCAUGCAGUGCUACUCUAGCGAGGAGCGCGGCUCCUUCUACCCGGGUCAAGGGUUCGCCUACUUCAACCACAGCCAUGGGGCAGGCUACACGCAGGCUCUCAGAGUACAGUUGAGUCUACGGCCCGCCUCUAGCACGGGAGUUCUGUUUGCACUCGUCCGCCAGGACACCGUCCCUUUCUCUAUCUCCCUUUCUGACUAUCACACUGGGAGGAACGAACGGGCAGAGUACGUGCUGGUGUCUUUCGGUGACGUGAUUGUGGCCAGCGCCACCAUGCCCCUGUGCGACUCGAAGGUGCAUAUGGUGAGAGUGAGCGUAUCUGGCAACAGCACAGUGCUUGAGGUGGAUGGGCAGCCAGCUCUCUCUGAAACUCUGGAGCACCUGGAGCCUCUGGACCUCUCAUCCUCAUACAGCACCUUUAUCGGAGGCAUACCGGAUGUUUCUCUGGUGUCCACGCCGGUCUCAGCUUUCUACACAGGCUGCAUGGACGUUAUGGUUAAUGGCCGCCUGUUAGACCUGGACGAGGCCCAGCACAAGCACAACGACAUCCGCUCUCACGCCUGCCCUCUAGUGAACCCCCCAGCGUAAGAGGACCAAGACCAGUUUGAGGCCACAGCAGAUGCAAAGGCCUCGUUUCUUGAACCUAGCUUAAGCUGACCGCUGGAACCAAAAUGCCUUUGAAAGAAGACCUUUGAGUCAGAGUGAAUUUUAGUUCAAGAUUAAGCUUAAUCUGGGUCUUUAGGGCUGUCACUACAACGCCUUACAGAGCCCCCAUCCUCUCCACUAGAACAGUGCCCUAGUUACAGCAACACUUACACUUACCUUUCCAUAUACGAGUUCUGUUUUGUCAAAUCGCCUCUGGUAUUCUGCAUAGCCACGACCAUUCUGCAUUCUCAUUCUGCAGCACUGCCCCCCCCCCCAAAUUACAAUAGUCCCCCCUCCAACAGCAAACGUAUACACAAUCACAAACACUGUAACUGGUGUAUUUAUAUUAGACUCACAGACACAGGAAAUGUAUACUUGCAUUAUAGACCCGAAAAAGCACUGCGCCCCACACACGCAAGCUACUGAGAAGAGAGUGCGCUGUAACAUACUGUAUAUGUAAAUAUGAGUGUAUAUUGCUUUUUUUUAGGCAAAAGCAAAAGAUCAAGACAUCCAAGUACUUUAAGUUCUAGAAUGAAAAGGUCUUUAGUCACCAAAGGCCUAGUAGGUGCUCCAUGUCAGCGUCAUUUUGAUUUUGAGUUCUGUCCCUCAUUUGUUUAUUUGUUGUUUUUAAUCUUCUGUAUUAUAUAUGAAGUCUGUUGUUUUGCUGUCUCUCUCUGCUGUGGGCUCCUGGUGUGUUCAGCUCAUGGGGAGAUCUUUAGUCUUCGCCGCCUAACUGGAGACUUGAGUGCUUUUUGGGGGAUAAAUAAAAAUAAAGGAGGUUGUAAUAAUA